AUUGCAUCGUGGUUUUUGUUUGUUACAUAACAAAUAGGAUAUCAAUUUUAUGAUAUUAAAGAUUUGGUGGUAUAUCGUGUUAAAAUAAACAAAAUAUGUGCGUAUAGUCAUAUUCCGGAUGUAAAAGAGUUUUUUCAAUUUGCGAUUGUAUUGCAAAUACACAAAUUUUUUUAUUUGUUGAUAUGUAUAAUGUUGGAAAACAUUGAUAACGAUAAAUCGAUGUGUUUUGUCGUAAACAGUAGUUGAAAUUAUAGAGCUGCAACAAUAACAGAAAAUGAAAUUUCUUGCAACUCUUCUGAGUGUUUGGUGCACCCUAUUAUGUGAAACAUUACAAACCCGCGCAUCUACCACGACACAGUUGCCGGAUACAAGAUGUCCUCCACAAUUUUCACAUGUACAACCUUUUCCAGAAAUAUGUGGGAAUCAGUCGAUAGCGUUUCCAUCAAGAAUAAUGGGAGGUAAUGAAGCGACUUUAAGUGAAUUUCCAUGGAUGGCGAGAAUAAGGCACCGCAGUGCCAGUAAUGUUUACACAUAUGGUUGUGCUGGAUUCUUAAUUUCGGAGUAUUUUGUACUGACCGCCGCUCAUUGUGUUGUUUCCAAAGCAUUUUUAGCCUUAGGACCGAUUGAUGCCGUCCAGCUAGGGGAGCACAACACUGAAGAAGAUUUGGAUUGUGAAACGCGCGGUAGUAACAAAUGGUGUGCAGAUUUUCCUCAAGUAAUAAAAACCGGAAAGCCGAAAUUGCAUCCAGAAUACACCGAGAACGGCCCAUAUCAUAAUGAUAUCGCAUUGUUACCUUUAAAGCAAGCUGCAGAAUUUACACAAUUCGUUUACCCCAUCUGCUUAGCAACAAAGCUGUCACAAGAAAGUGAAAUGUGGUUGGCUGGUUGGGGAAAAACGGAAAACGAAUCUCCUAGUACAAUCAAACUAAAGGUAACAGUAAGACGUGCUUCCAAAAGGGAAUGUGAAACCUUAUAUGGGAAUAUAAAUGUAACGAUUUUGGACUCCCAGAUGUGUGCAGGUGGGGAAGGAGGCAAAGAUUCCUGUGGUGGAGAUUCAGGCGGCCCGCUCAUGGUUCUGGAUAGUGUUAAUACUUGGUACGCAGAAGGGAUCGUCAGCUUUGGUAACCGUUGUGGCAUUCAAGGUUGGCCAGGGGUAUACACCAACAUCCCUUAUCAUAUGCAAUGGAUUACGAGAACCAUUAUGAGUCAUUAUACGAACAAACGUGCAGAUAUGAGACAAGUUACGCGUUAUUAGUUUUAUGUGUAACUUUUAAGUGUAAUACAUAAUGUUAUUGUUUUACAUAAACCCAUCAUUCAUUAAUGAUC